CUCCGGGCAGCGGCAACGGCACGGGUGGCAUCGCUUCGACUCCGGACGCGGUCCAGGCGCUGUUCGGGUUGGGGGUGACCACGGAGCAACUCCAGGCGGCCGUUGCGGCACUUUCUGCCAUGGGUGGGAACGUGCCUGGCGCCGGGGUUGGCAAAGCUCCGCUCGGUCACCACACCGAGCACGCUGCCACUUCCCAGCACAAGGGAAAGAAGACGCGGAGGAGCAGGAGGAGGCCCGGCAAGGGCCCGCUGAUCGAGGAGGUGUUGGUGGAGGACGUCCUAGAAGGGAAGGACGAUGAGUCCAGUGAGUGUAGAAUCUCGGCCUUCAAACGCUUGGGAGGCAAGGAUACCCGAGUGUCGGCAUUCGACCGGCUCAACCGCGGACCGGAAGGCCGUCUAGGUGAUCUUCGCCGGCAGAUCUCUGAGGGUAGGCGGAGGAACGCUGAGGAAUCAGCGACCUCGGAUGCGCGCUCGGCGAGACCUGAGCGAACCGAAGGCCGAAGGGGCGAGCGAACUCAGCGUCGCCAGAGCCCAUCCAGAACCGAGAAGACUAAGGUCCCUGAACGGGGUAUGACUGAGCUUGCGCGCGAGAUUGCCGAGCUCAAACGCCGAGUAGAGACAAAGUCCCCCUACAGCCAGCCCAUCUUGCGCACGGGAACCAUUGACGAUCGGGAUACGCUGGCGGAGAAGUUCUUGACGCAUUUCGCGGCCAACCGAAGGCAAAGGCUGCCUUAUUCCCACCUGCUCAACAUAUGCAUCCGCAAGGGAGAAAAGGUCCGCGACUUCAUAGUCCGGUGGGAGAAGGAAGCCAGAGACGUGCAUGGGGCGGAUGACCAGGCGUUGGUUGCCAUGUUCCAAGCAGCCCUCCCCCGCGGAGAUGUGAGGAAGGAGCUCCGCAAAAAUCCUCCCCCCACGUACCAAGAGACCUUGGCGCGCGCAAAGUUCUUAGCCUCGGAGGAGUUCGAUGACGCCCUGGAAUCCGAGGCCGCGCCGGCUAAGCGAGCUUCAGUAGAUUCGGGAGAGGCCGCGAAGAAGAGGAAGAAGAAGAAAGACUAUACCGCGGGCCCGAGGACGCCCUCGGCCGGAGUAUACUCUGUGGGCGCCCCCGUGGGGGCGGGUCGAGAGCUUGCCCUUUCCCAGCUCCCCCACGUAGAGGCUUACGCGAAGGAAAUGCAACGACUCAUCGCCCGAGGGCCGCUUCCAAGAGACGACGCGGCUACCCCCUCCUGGGGCCCGCCGGAAGGAAGAACUUGGAGGAAGGCGACUGAGCCAAUCGCAGUGGUGACGCAGGCAAGGAACCCCGAGAAGAGGCACAUCGGGCGGGAGUGCAACGAUCUAGACGAAGACGAAGCCCAAGGAUAUCCGGUGGGAUUUAUCCAUGGGGGAAACAUUGGCGGGGACUCCGCCGCUCAAAGGAAGAGGUGGAAGCACAUGGCCUUUGUCGCCAAGGUCCAUCAGGCGCCGGCGCCCAAGCUCGGAAGACGAGAGCAAAUCCAGUUCACGGAGAAGGAUCUUCCGAACACGCCGAGUCCCCACCGGGAUGCCUUAGUCGUGAAGAUAGAGAUCAACGACGCCAUAGUACACCGCACCUUGGUGGACACGGGAAGCUUAGUCAAUAUAAUGUACGAGAAAACAUUCCAAGACCUCGGCUUGAACCGCAAGGACUUGAGGCCUGUGCGCACUCCUCUCUCCGGAUUCACGGGGGACUCCAUCGAGGCCGAGAGAGUUAUCGUCGUAUCCGUGAUAGUAGGGGAUGGUGCGCACAAGGCGAAGCUGAAGAUGGAGUUUAUGGUUGUGAGCAUCAACUGUGCGCACAACAUGAUCCUGGGGCGGCCCGGCCUUGAGGACUUGGAAUGUGUGAUCUCCCUGUACUACUUAUGCAUGAAGUUCCCCACUCCGUCCGGCAUCGGGGUGGCAAGGGGAGACCAAAAGUUGGCCCGAUCGUGCUACGUAAGAAUCACGAAGAAGUUGCCGAGGGAUGAGACAAUGGUCGUACACGCGCAAGAGGGAAUGCGCAAGCUGGAAGCUCGGCCUUCGGCCGAGCCCGCCAAGGAAGUCGAGGAAGUGCUGCUCGACCCACAAGUGCCCGAGCGGAAGGUUAAGGUCAGGGCGACCCUGACGACGAGCCAGCGGAUGCGCUUGGUGGAAGUGCUCGCCGCCUACCGCGUGAUCUUCGCGUGGGGACCUGGGGAUAUGCCGGGGGUGGACCCCAAGAUCAUAUGUCACCGGUUGGCGGUCAACUCAGAAUCUAGGCCGGUAAAGCAGAAGAAGCGUUUCCUCUCGUCCGAGCGGAGGGAGUUUGUCUCCAAGGAAGUGACCACCCUCCAAAGCAUUGGGCAUAUCAAAGAAGUUAAGCGCGGUAUUGAGCCCAACCCCGAGAAGGUGCGCGCCAUCCUUGACAUGGAAGCUCCACGAAAUGUCAAGGAGGUGCAGCGCUUGACCGGAAAGUUGGCUGCGCUCAGCCGCUUCCUUUCCAAGGUAGCGGAUCGAGCCGCUCCAUUCUUCCAAGCUGUGAAGAAGUCCCGAGGGUUCGUGUGGACAGAAGACUGCCAGCAAUCCUUUGAGUCUCUGAAAUCUUAUCUCCUCUCUCCGCCGAUCCUCGCUAAACCCGAGCCCGGAGAAACCUUAUAUUUUUACUUGGGAGUGUCGCCCAAUGCACUAAGCUCAGUCCUAGUCCGAGAAAAAGGCGGAGCUCAGCACCCAGUGUACUACACGGCGAAGACGCUGAGGGGUGCCGAGCUCAGGUACUCGGUGGCCGAAAAGACAGUGCUGGCCGUGGUUUCAACCGUGCAGCGGCUGACGCCCUAUUUCCAAGCUCACCCGGUCCAGAUCCCUCGGGCGGAGAACGCCGAGGCGGAUAUCUUGUCGAAGCUGAGCUCAGACACGCCCGAGCACAUCAGGCGAAUGGCGAAUGUGGAAGAGCUUUCCGAGCCGAGCAUCCACGCUUUCCCCGUGGCAAUGAUCUGUGCUCAACCCAGAGAUUGGACGGACGACAUAGUCGCCUUCCUAAAGGAUGGCUCCCUCCCAGACGAAUCGAUGAAGGCCAAGUUGGUCCGGAAAAGGGCACCGGGGUAUACCUUGGAAGGCGAGAAGCUAUACAAGCGAGCAUACAACGGGACGCUACUCAGGUGCCUCCAACCAGCCGAAGCAAAACAAGUCAUGGAGGAGUUGCACGCCGGAAUCUGCUCCGCCCACCAAGGAGCGUACGCGGUAUCAAGAAAGAUAACCCUUCAAGGAUAUAUUUGGCCAACAAUUGUUAAGGAUUGCGCGGAGUUCGUAAAGAAGUGUAAAGUGUGUCAAGAGUUCCAGAAGGUACCAGGGAGGCCUUCAACCAACUACACCCCCAUUAGCACAGCCAUCCCGUUCGCGCGGUGGGGGCUGGAUCUCGUGGGUGCACUCCCUAGGGGCACCGGGAACGUGAGGUACGUCAUUGUAGCCAUUGACUAUUUUACUAAGUGGGUGGAAGCAGCCCCAUUGGCAAGUAUCACUGGAGCUCAAUGCCAGAAGUUUCUCGCAAAGCAAGUCAUCUGCCGCUUCGGCGUUCCCGAGCACAUAAUCACGGAUAAUGGGACACAAUUCGAGUCCAAGCCCUUUAACGACUUCCUUGGGAGCUGGGGGAUCAAGCACAGCUAUGCGUCGGUUGGGUACCCACAGACGAACGGCCAGGUCGAGAAUGCCAACCGAACGAUAGUCGACGGGCUGAAGCAAAAGUUGGAGGCCUGCGGAGGGGAGUGGGCAGAGGAGUUGCCGUACAUCCUAUGGACCUACCGGAACACGCCUAGAAGGGCGACCGGAGAAACCCCCUUCGCCUUAUGCUACGGGUUCGAGGCGAGGGCCCCUGCAGAGAUCUCCAUCGCAACUCACCGGGAGGAGAUCUUCGACCCCGAGCGUAACGAAGAAGCCCUGGCAGCCGAGCUCCAUCUCGUGCACGAGAGACGAGAAGCGGCCUUCAUACGAGCGGAGAAUUACCUAAGGAAGGUAAAGAGCUACCAUGACGGGCGUGUGCGCGCACGGGGGUUCAUCGAAGGAGAGUGGGUGCUGCGCAAGAGGUCCGUGAGCCGCCCCCUUGAAGGUGGGAAGUUUGCCAAGAAUUACGAAGGCCCCUACAUCAUCAAAGAAGUGGUAGGCCCCUCAACGUUCCGCCUGCAGACGCCGAGUGGAGGGGAUGUGCCAAGGACUUGGAAUGCUGAGAACUUGGUUAAGUUUUAUCAAUGAAUUUCGAAUGUACACGGGCCCGAGAAAGGGAACCCGCAACACCUUGAUUGAAUUCAAUGAAAUGGAAUUUUUUGCAAUGGUCCAACAUGCGUGUCCGGAUGCUCUUCCCGGAAAAAGGCCUAACCUGCGUGUUCCGCACUACUCCUCAGUAGAAGAGCCGAGUGCAGACCAUGUCCGGAUGCUCUUCCCGGAAGAAGGUCUAACCUUCGUGUUCGGCCACUCCCCCUCAGGAGAAGAGCCGAGCACAGGCCAUGUCCGGAUGCUCUUCCCGGAU